GCGGUCGAAUUGUGAAACAGCUUUCCUGGAUAGAGUUACAUUGCUCAGCGUUUGAAGAGAGACAUUAACGCCGGGAAAAUGUCGCGCUGAAUUCCCUCAUUUCUCCUCUUGAAAGGCUCUUUAAACGGCGCGAGACCUCAUCAAUAAAGACUAGAAUGCCUCAGCUUGGAAGCCUGUUUCACCUCAGCUCCAAAGCUUCAGAAAGUGUUCAAGGCCAGAGCCCACGUCAGACACCAGCACUGCCUGACUUUUUACAACAUGUCAGGAAACUCACCGGGCUGAGAAAGGAAGAUCUUUACAGCAACCUGCGUGUCCCCGACCAGUUUCAGGCCACCAAAGUUGACAUCAACAUUGUUAUCCUCACAGGCCAGGGGAUCUUCUGCAUAGAUGUGAAACCCUGGAGAGGAACAGUGUCCGCUCACAACCAAAACUGGCAUGUGCAGGUGAAAGAAGAGGACCAAAACUUUACCAAUACCUGCAUUGAGCAGCUUGAAGAUCCCCUCAAAGCUAUCAUGACCAAGACGGCUAACUUAUGUGGCCACUUGAAGAGGAGUGGAGUGUCUGUGCGCCAGAGCCUCUUCUUCCCCAGGGUUAUCUUCCUCUCUCCAGACUGCGAGCUGGAUGAGGAGCUGAGGAAGAGGAGGGAGCUGGUCUCCCACAGCCAGAUAGACGACUUCCUCAGGUCGUUCAGGGAGGGCUACAUGGCCUGGAUAUCAGAUGCACUGACUCCCUCCUGGCUCUCUGGUCAUCUGUCGUACAGGCAGAUGGAGUCAGUGCGGGAGGUCCUGAGGAGGGUGGGGACGUGGGAUCUGGUGCGGCUGCACUGUGGCGAGCAGCUGAAAGGAGACUACCAGGGCUGCCAAUACAUCGCUCUCAACCGACAGGACACAGACACGCUGGAGUUUACCAGAGUCAAGACCCUGUCAGCUGAUUCGCUGUGGGCCCUGCUGGGACACGUUCCUCAGCUAACUGUCAAAAUGUACAAGCGUGGAUCUCAGGGCUGGCUGGGUAAAUCCCUGAACGCCACCACUACCAUCCCCUCCAACACCUUCGUGAUGUUCAGGAUCAGCGGGGAGGAAGCAGACGCCAAAAUCCCAGCGAACACCAUUCACAGCAUCACACUCAGCAUGUGACCGUGUGUCAGUGUACCAGUCGGUGAAGACGAUAGCCAUCACUGCGUGGCGCUGCAGGGAGAGGAAGCAUUCUUAGUUACAAGUACGCCGAUGCAUAAUUUAGCUGUUUUUACUGAGUGUCUUUUUCUAUGCAGUGUUUGUAUUUUAUGUUGCACUAACGCAAGUAUUGAAUGUCUGUAAGUGAGCAUUUAUUGUACAAUCCUGAUUCCAAAAAAAGCUGAGACAGAAUCAUUUGCAACAGUUGUACAAAGUGUCAGUGUCAGAUCAUCAUCAUAAUCAAUGAUGUUAAUGAGUUUAAACAUUAAAUAUAUUGUCUUUCAGUUGAGUAUGUGUCAAAAAGGAUUAGCAAAUUAUCACAUUCUGUUUUGUGUUUUACACACACCGUCCCAACUUUUUUGGAAUCGGGCUUGUAAAGAAAGGAACAAAUGAGGAAAGAUUCAUUUGCCAAUUUUCCUGAUUCUCUGAUCCUCAAUGGCAAUAUUAUGUUAAUGAAGAUGGUUUCAGACAAUUAGCCUGAUUAACUUUCUCUUGUUUUGAAUUUCUAGGGCUGGCCCACACUUUACACUAGCCAUUAAUUAAUCAUUAUGUUAGCUGAUUGUGUCACAUCAGUUCAGGAUUGAAGUGUUUAAUGUGUUAAUUGUGGCGGUUAAAAACUGGUGGCCUCCAGCACAAUGAGGGCCAAGCAUGUUACUGCCUGUAUGGGUUUAAUGGGGGGUGAUUUACGGUCUGUUUAGAUGGUGUAACUGUAAGGUGCUUUAUUAAUAUGCUCCACCGCACAGAGGAGAUGAUAACAUACUCAAGAGUGCACAGGCGCAGCCACCAGCACCAUUCAUAACUGUGUCUGAGUCACUUUCCAUCAGUUACCAGGCUUACACAGCUGCGCUAACAGCUAGCAAUUGUAUUUACUGUGCCUGGUAGUGGCCAAAAUGAAGUUAUUUCCAUUAAGAUAUCAGUGCCUUUAGCUAAUGCAAUAGAAGGAGCUCUCUGUGUUGAUGCUAUCUCUUUGCAUGGCAUCUCUCUACCUGAAACAUCAUUACACUGUACUCAAGCUCCUCACGUUUUUCAAACGUCUGUUUGACUGUUUUACCUGAGGGUCAGAUCAUUGGCGGCUCUACAAACAGCACUGUGUUGUUUGCAUUUGUAGGCGCACAUCUUUUAGACUCUCAGGCUGUUUGCAGAUCUUGGUCAACAUUGCUUGAAAAGUGUUUUGAUGAAUUUGUUGUCUUUGGAUAUUUAACUGAAAGAGUGUCCUCAGGUUUUCUCCACACUUGACAAACUGACAGUAUCAGAUGAUCUGGGAUUAGAAGGACAUUCAGGAAAUGACUAUCAUAUGUCUUGAUAAGUGGUGGGUGCAUGCAGGUUGUACUGUAGCUUCAUUAUACAAUAAUAUGACUAUUGUGUUCAUAUUUUCUUUGUUUUUAAACACUCAAAGCACUUUCAGCAUCAAGCCAACUUAAGAAGCAUGAUUGUUAACCAUACUCCUCAGUUGAUUGAUUUCAGCAUGGUGGUUUUAUUCAUUGGUGUGUUUUGUUUUUAGUCAUAGUAAAACCCAGAUUCCAAAAAACUUGGGGCACUAUGUGCAACAUAAAUAAAAACAGAAUAAAAUCAUUUGCAAACAAACUGUUUACCAAC